AUGGCUGAAAGCUUCGCCAAGUCGCAUCUGCAGAGGCUCAAGGCAGGGGAUUUAAUUCCUAGCCAGAGAAUUUUUAUUGGCUGCGGUUACCGCGGCCACGAGACCAUAGACUACGAAGCGCUCGACGCCAGUGAGGGUCGCGUGGUGGUACCACAUAAGAUCAAAACGAUCAAAUCUGGCAGCGAUUGCCAGAUCGUGGGUUCCUGUGAUGGCCUGGUUUGUUUUCUUGUCUCUGGCAUUUUUCUCAUCUAUAACCCGACCACCAGGGAAUAUAGGGAGUUGCCCUCUUCCAAUCUCGAGGAAGAUUGUCAGUUUCUUGACCGUCACAAUGAGUCAUUCUAUGGACUCGGAUAUGACCCUCGAUCUGAUGACUACAUAAUAGUAGAGGGCAUCCACGAAUAUGCAUAUGAAUUUUGGGUGGCGGCAAUAUUUUCGCUUAAGUCCGGUUCUUGGAGAAGGAUAUAUUUCCCAAUCGAAGAAAUCAACGAAAGCGGUCUCGAUAUUAAUGGCAACGGAGUUUAUUGGAACGGGGCCUUACACUGGCGCGUCUAUGAGUGGGGCAAGACUGGGAUUAUGUCACUUGAUUUGUCGGAAGAGAAAUUCCAGCGGGUGCUUUCGGCCCCUGAAGUCGAUGGGGAUGGACUUUCCCAGGGACUCGGGAUUCAUGGGACUAGUCUGUUCAUAUAUAGCGGCUGCAAUGAUAACCGCAUCCACGCAUGGAUAACGGAUGAGUAUGGGAGAGGAAGAUCAUGGACAAAAUGGUUCAGUGUUGAUUGCCUACCUGUCUCUAGGCAUACUACCCCCCUCGUGUACACAAGGAGCGGAAAAAUCGUUUUUUUGAUAAAUGCGAACCAGGUGAUUCUGUUGAAUCCAGAGGAUAAUACUUACAAAGAUUAUCCCAUAGGAACGGACAGCUUUUUCGGUAUCGAAUAUGCAAUCUAUUUGGAAACUCUUAUUUCUCCCUAUCUUGAUGGUGAGCCAUCAAGAAUCUGGAGCCUUUAA